CAAAAGACUGCUUUUCAAUCAUUAAAAAAAUAUCAUGACAGUGACAGUACACUGACGUCGCCUUAUCAGAUCAGUUGACGUUAUCAGUAAGGUUAGAAAAUCAUCAAAACAAACAAAUAAAUACAUAAUUGAGAGGCAAAAUCAUAGCUAAAAACAAUAUGUAUAAAUUAAGUGAUUUGACUAGUGAAAGCUCUACAAGUUUCCUAACUUUAUUGACGGCAAAAUGGAUGGAACUCCACAAAAAUACGGACAUAUUUCGAUAUAAAAUUGAAAACUUGGAAGAAAGAAUUGUAGAUGGAAAAUACUUACUUCAGUUAAAUCCAGAUCGGCAAACCAAAAGAAGAACACCAGAAGCAAUGAAUAAUAUUCAACAACCUUUUGAUGAAAACAAGUUUAAUUUCAACAAAGUAUCGCCUGAAGAAAUCUUGUUUUCCAUAAGUGAAGAUGCAGAUACUCACACAGUGUUAGUGAAUGUGAGUCCGAUAUCCCGCUAUCACUCCUUGAUAUGUCCUUCGGUGAACAAAUGCCUGCCUCAAGUAGUAACACUGGAGAGCUUGCAGUUGGUAGUACAAAUCAUGUUCCUUGUUGAGGAUUGGGACGUAAGAAUCGGAUUCAACAGCAUGUGUGGUUUUGCAUCUGUCAACCAUUUGCACUACCAUAUCUUUGUAGAAAAUAAUUCACUGUACGUUGAAAAAGUGAAAUGGCACCAUAUAAAAGGAAACACAUACUGCUUAGACAAAACCUAUCCAGUACCAGCAUUCUGUUUCCAAUUACAAAAACUAUCUUACGCACAAACAUUGAAAGAGGUCUGGAAAGUUCUAGAAUACUUCUUAAACAAAUCCAUAGCUCACAAUAUACUUUUUACUAAAAGAAGGUUGGAUGGCAAUGGCGAUGUGUGCGUAAUUAUAUGGCCUCGGAGAAGUACUACAGGUGCUAAGAAACUGGCAGCUUUUAAUGUGGCUGUGUUGGAACUCAGUGGAUGGUUUCCUAUUUAUGAUCUAGAAGAAUUCAAAAAUCUUCAAGCUGCGGAUCUUGAAAAAGAGCUGGCAAAAUGGGUUCCAGAUGACUUCAAUAAGAUAUGUGAAGAUAUCAAACUCUUACUGUAAAAGUGUCCUUAGCGCAAUUAUGGAAUCAUUG